AGAUUUCUCAUUUUACAAAACAGAAAAUUUUUAGGAAGGCAGUGUAAAACACCUAUAAGAUGUCCUGUGCGGUACGUAGGGCCGUGAAAGAUGGUUGUCUUUUCAGAAGAAUAUUCAAACGAUGUUCGGCAUCUCAAUACUCCUACAGUCCUCUUAGUCAACACAGUACAGACGCAAAGAAAGGAAAACUCAAGAAAGCCACAACACCAACAGGAAAACUUGAUGACCCAUUUGAAAAUGACAAAGAAAAACAAGCUCCUCAAACUAUGACAACUCCAGCAUUUGAGCCUUUUCCUGAAAACAGGAACCCUGAGACUGGUGAGAUCGAUGGACCAAAAGGCCCUGAGCCUACUCGUUACGGUGAUUGGGAGCGGAAAGGACGUGUUACUGACUUUUAGCCCCAGGAAAUGUAUUUAUAAAAUAAGUUCGUUGAAUCCGCCACUUGGAGACAAAAAAUGUCAUUGAUGACAAUGGGAAAUCUGAGUGUUGACAUUUUAGACAUUUUCUCCAUUCAAUUGCAGUGAAAAAGGACUAGAUAUUGCAUGAAUUAUCAACAUUCUUGUGGAUACAAAUGUAAAGAUUGAGAAAGGAUUUAGGGAUGUAUUUCCUCUCAAAUUUCAAAUUUUGUUGUUCGUAUCAUCAGAUGUGAUGAGACCCAUUUUCUUGGGACACAGCUCAGCUUUCAAUAUUUUCAGUGUGGACAAUUUAAUUAGAAAAAUGAACAUACAAAAUAUCUUCAUAUCCGUCACACCUGAUUUGAUUAGCAGUCAACCCCCCCCCCUCCCCCAUUAUGUUCAUACACCUCUGCACAGGUGAAUGGAAUUGGAAGUAAAUAGCUGAAUUGAGGGAGGGGGUGUUCUAGAGACUUGAUGCAAGAAUCAUAGAUUACAGUAAUAAUUUGUUGGUAUUUACUUUAUUUUGAUUUGGUGUAUAUUCCUUUUGACUUCAGUUGAUUUUCU